AUGGCGUCCCGGAUGCUGCGCAUGGCUGCCUCGGCCGUGGGGGCACAGGCGCCGCUUGUCGCCAAGAGGGGAUUCCAGACGAGUGCCGCCUUGAGACAGGAGGUUGUUGCGGCGCCAGUCAGGAAGCCUGUGGGAGCUUUUAGGGGAGGCCUCUUUGGUUUCCUCCUCGGCGCGACGACUUCGGGUGCGGGCAUGUACUACUACGUUGUAGACGAGUACCGUGUCUCGAAUCAGCUCUUGACCGAGGAUAUCUAUGCCCUGCAGUCAGCUGUACAACGGAUAGAAGGCUACGUCCGUACACUCGAGGAGAAGGUCGAUUCGAAGAAGCGAUAG